UACACUUUAGGAUUAGGGUUUAGUAAUGGGAUUCCUUCGUUUUUGUUAGGGCGAUGUGAGUAAUGAACCAAGGAGAAACACACAACAAUGUAAUCAAGAAGAAGAUGUUCCAGUCUUGGUUGAUGCAAUACUUCCAUUAUCUGCAGCUGCCAUGGCUUUGCCACCUUUAUCUAUUCGAGGUGAUUUGGGAGUUGUUUCUACUGCUGGAGUUAGAUAUGCAUAUCCACUCCUAAAAUCAUUUGCAAAAAUGGGACCUCAAGGUGUUCUUGGUGCCACAAAGCUUUUACGCCCUUUUUCAGAAAUAGUUGAUUCAUUGGGACUCAAAGAUCCUUUCAUUAGAAAUUGGGUGGAUCUUUUGUCUUUCUUACUUGCUGAAGUGAAAUCCGAUGGUGUUCUUUCAGCAGAAAUGAUUUAUAUGUUUGCAGAAUGGUAUAAACCAGGUUGUAGUUUAGAAUACCCUGUUGGUGGAACUGGAGCACUUGUUGAGGCUCUUGUUCUCAGAUUUUCCUUCUGAUAAACUUCCAAAAAUGUCAGAACCUUCACAACUUAUGACAGA